AUGAUCAUCGUAGCAAAGCAGGCAAUUCAACGCAUCCUCCCACCUCUAACAGCGAGUUUUGACCCUCCCUGCCCGAUCCGUUUGGCUACCUCGCUCUACGAGCUCAUCUCUACAUGA